AUGGACUCGCCAUCAUCUCAAGACAACGACAUCGAAGUCAACGUGGUAUCGGGUGCCAGUAGCCCAGAUAUCCCCUCGUCUCCCUCCAGAAAAGAUCAGAAAUCUCCCUUUUACGACCUGAAGAAGGAUGAAAAGGCCACAGGCAGUGCGCCGUAUACAAGUUUCUCAAUAAGUUCGAUAUUAAAUAGAGCUGAACCGAGAAGAGACUCGAAUGUAUUGGAGGCAGCAAUCGCUGCUAAUCAUUUUGGAAAUGCGAAUGAUGCAAUGCUGUCUAGAUUGGGUCUUAUAUCUCAAUGGAGUGCGCUAGCUGGCAGGUAUGGUGGUCUUGUCCCAGCUCCUUGGUAUUGGCAGAGGCCCCACGAACGGACGCCACCUAGAGAAGACUCAACAAUGAACGAGGAUGGAUCUGCCGGAGGAUCCCCUCGAACUCGCAGUCCACCUAGAGCACCUUCACCUCCAUCCCCAUCCCGUUCUUCACCUCGCUCCCCACGACUUCACCCUGCAUUAUACCAGCAACAACCAGAUCCCCAAGACUCAGAUCCCGACAUAGACGAGAGCGACGACUUCGACAAAGAUGAAAAACGAGAUCCAAACACAAAUCUCGGAAAACGGAAGAAGAAAACCCGCACCGUCUUCUCCCGAUCGCAGGUGUUCCAACUCGAAUCGACUUUCGACAUGAAAAGGUACUUAAGUAGUUCAGAACGCGCUGGCUUAGCAGCGAGCCUACACCUAACAGAGACACAGGUGAAGAUCUGGUUCCAAAACCGCCGGAACAAAUGGAAAAGGCAGCUAGCCGCGGAAUUAGAGGCUGCUAAUAUGGCGCACGCCGCGCAGAGAUUAGUACGUGUGCCAAUUUUGUAUCACGAAUCGAGGCCAGCGACAAUGCCGCAUACCCCCCUGCCAUUGCACCCUCAAUUCUCGAGUGAAUCUGGGGUAUAUUUCCAACCUCAGGCCCCGCAGCAGAUGCAGCCAUUACCGGUGUCUCCAGUUACUUCGAGAGCGCCGUUAUCCAGUUUAGUGUAG